CGCGAUCCGUUUCCACCCUCCUCCCUCCCUCCACCUCGCCUGUGGCCUUAAACGCUGCCCCUCGCACCCGCCAUUUUUAAUACCGCGCGAGCCUCUCGCUGCGCGGUGGGUGUGGUGCCGUGCCGGGUUGUCUGUCUCCACUCUCGGCGCUGCCGCCCCCGUCCGCGAGGUGGCAGAGCAGAGGGAGCGGUUUUGUCCUGACGAGAGAUGCGGGUUGGUGGCGGUGAGGAGGCGGUGCCGAGGAGGGGAGGGGCCGUGGAGGAGGGGGAGGGAAGCAGGCGCUCGGUGAGCUCGACGAGCCGUGGGAGCGGAUCGUCUCGCGGCGACUCGCCUUUAACCAGCUACGUGCGCACGGGUGGCCGACCAAGGACAGAUCUGCAGCCUGACAAGCUGCUCACUUCCUCCUCCUCCUCCUCCUCCUAUGCUUCUGCAGCUUCCACAGAGCCUCAAGAGGAGGAUGCGGCAUUGAAGGGCUUGAAGGACGAGAGGUGGGUACAUGUACGACUCCAAGAGCCGACCAAGAAUGCAGUCCCCCGUUCCACUGGAGAAUGCCAAGGUCAGCAGCAUCGACAGGAUGCUGUUCUUUUCCAUGGUAGGAAGGAACGGAUGCAACGGCCUGCCUCUCUUGAUUUUGGUUGCCCUGUUGUUUCUAGACCCCCAACGCAUUCUCCAGGGUUCUUAGUCAGUUGUGUGGGGGCGAUGAACAAGGGAUUGGGUGUAUCAUCACACAAUAGGUCAGAUGUGUUGUCUAGUCCAGGGACACCGAACUACCAUCAGCGUGGAACAACAGUUGUUGGGUACCAGCAGGGGUGUACUUCUGAAAGAGUGCUCCCACCUUCAAGUGGCCAUAGAAGGCAUCCAGGAAGUUUACCUUAUAACAGUAGGAGGACACUCCCCUCAAAAUGGGAGGAUGCAGAGAGGUGGAUCUUUAGUCCAAACCCCAGCAAUGCUCUCGGGAGGUCAGUCCCGCAACAUUGGAGACCAAAAUCCAAAAGUGGACCUCUUGGAACUCCUGGAAGAUUUAGUGGAGCAUACUCAUCUGUUUCGUCGUCGGCAACUUUCCUUGACAGUGGUAGAGUUGGAAAUAUUACAGUGAACUCACCUUACUUGGCCGGAGUCUUGCUACCUGAGCGUGUUUGUAGGGGUAGUUUGCACACAGGAAGGGAUCUAAGCAGAGCAUCGGGUGAGGAUAGCAGCAAUGGACGAGGAGGCAGGUCUGGUCAAUCGAUUGGUGGGCAUCCUACUAAGAGGUCUACCAGGGUUUCCCAGCAAUUUGAGUCAUACCAGUCAUUGUCUACUUCCCAUCAAUCUAUUAUAGAUGGACUUAUUGAAAUCACGAAGGAUUCUACCACUAGCAGCACCCCUAUAGUUGUGAGGAAGAAUGUGGCAACACAAACAAGCCCUGAUAUAAGCAGAUCAUCUUCUCCCAGCAUGAGGCCUUCAUUUUCAGGUUCACUAUCGGUGCAACAAGUCAAAGAGCUGGAGAGUAGUUUCUCUAAGCUUGAGAUCAGGGAUGUGCAGAUGGAUGAUCGGGUGACUCUGACUAGGUGGUCCAAGAAACAUGUCACACGAGGCUCUGAAAAGAACUCAACAAAUAUUAUAGAAUGGAAAAAAAAGACAAUGGAAUCUAAAUCUUCUGCCUGGGAAGUAACAGAAACUGAGCAGAGUAUAUCAAAGAUUGAGGGAGAGGGUGCAAAAAUUACUGCAUGGGAGAAUAUGCAAAAGGCAGAAGCAGAAGCAGCGAUACAAAAGCUUGUGAUAAAACUUGAAAAGAAACGACCGUACUCUCUGGAGAGGAUUUUCAACACCCUCAGGUCUGGUCAUAGGAAAACACAGGUGGUACGCAGUACAUCAACUGCCAAUCAUGAUCAGCAGAUUUCAAGGACUAUCAGACGGACAUCACACCUAAGCAAGAAUGGUCAAAUGAGUUCGUUGAGUGGCUGCUUCACAUGCCAUGCUUUCUAGAGAUAUAUGAAUAGCAGGAACACACAAACGAACGGACAAUUCAAAACCCAUAUGGCACUAUUAUUACUUUCAAGAUGGGAAGCAGAGGAAAAAUCAGAGGCCUGUCAAUGAAGAACUGGGGCCCGCCAAAAAAUUUCAGCCGAUGGCCUGUCUACAACAGGGGUCAGAUUCUGUUAUUUCCGUUAGUUUUGAUUCUGCCAGGGGAACAGAAGAAAGUAUACACUAAAUGAGAGGAGCUGCUGCUGCCAUUCAUUCCUUGUGGAUUGUGAUUAUUAGUAUCUCACCCUGCCAUUCAUUCCUUGUGGAUUGUGAUUAUUAGUAUCUCACCACAUAAAAAUAAAAAGUUCCUCGUCUUUCAGUUA